UCUCCGAUCUUUCCUUUUUAAUCGAUUAGAAAUAUUUUUUGGAGCAAAUAAUCGCUUGAGUUUUUCUUUGAUCGCUUCUCGUCGUCGUGAUUCGUCUCAAAAAAAAAAAAAAAAUCAAGGUGCUAUGGCAUUUGGAAACAGGUUUUUCCUUCUUCUCACAUUGCUUAUCUAUUGGACCUAUGUAGAUGCUAGAAGUUUAGUCACCUAUGAUAUUAUGGGCGGUGAAAGUCCAAAAGCAUUAGAAAGAAAUGAACAAUUGUGUACGUUAUGUGAAGAAUACACUGCUCUGGCAACCGAUUAUCUCAAUGCCAACAAGACUGAGACCGAUGUAAUGAAAACUCUCCAUCAAGCUUGUUCGCAGAUGCAUUCCUUUGAAAAACAGUGUGUCAUAUUGGUUGACUACUAUGGACAACUCUUCUUCAAUGAGAUUGGUAAAAUACGUCCGGAUGAGUUCUGCAGAAAGGUCAAUCUAUGUGAGAGGAUCUCUACUCGAAUAUCAAUGAGAGAGGACACCUGCAAGCUUUGCCGUCAAGUUGUUACUGAAAUAGUUACUAAACUGAAAGAUCCUGAUUCACAGAUGGAGAUAAUUCAGAUACUUCUCAAAGAAUGCAACAGAAUGGAGCAGUACGCUAAGGAGUGCAAGAGAUUGGUGUUUCGUUAUGGCCCACUUAUCCUGGUCAACGGCGAGAAGUUUCUGGAAUCAAAUGACAUCUGUAUUUCCAUCCAUGCUUGUAAAGCUAAUCAAGAAGAUGGUGAGCCGCUGAUUAUAUCCGAGUCACUUGUCCUUGAUGCGUGAUAUUAUCGGAGCAUCAUAGGACUAUCAAGAACCACAAUGCAUAAAUUUAUGAUCUCUGUAUGUAUGUUUCUUGUGAAAUAACAAGAUGUAAUACCUACUUUAUCGGGUUCUAGAUUAAGUAUGAUCUGCACUUUGACUAUGUUUUUUGUCAAGUUGAUUAAAUUACUUCUUUUGCUUCUUGUGCUAAUA